UAUAGAAAUAAUAUAGACAAUCUAUGUUAUAAAAAUAAUAUAGACAAUCUAUGUUAUAAAAAUAAUAUAGACAAUCUAUGUUAUAAAAAUACUAUAGACAAUCUAUGUUAUAAAAAUAAUAUAGACAAUCUAUGUUAUAAAAAUAAUAUAGACAAUCUAUGUUAUAAAAAUAAUAUAGACAAUCUAUGUUAUAAAAAUAAUAUAGACAAUCUAUGUUAUAAAAAUAAUAUAGACAAUCUAUGUUAUAAAAAUACUAUAGACAAUCUAUGUUAUAAAAAUAAUAUAGACAAUCUAUGUUAUAAAAAUAAUAUAGACAAUCUAUGUUAUAAAAAUAAUAUAGACAAUCUAUGUUAUAAAAAUAAUAUAGACAAUCUAUGUUAA